GUUUAUUCAGUUUUCUUGCAAUCUGCAGGAAAUGGACAGAUCAAAGAUGGGACAAUCAAAUGAGAGAACCAUAUAUGAGGUGCAGCAUGGAAGACAGCUUGCUGAUGUUAACUUCUCUAUCACGGCUGAUGGGAGUUUAGAUGAUGACAUAUUACAGCAGCAAAUUCACAAUAUUACGAGACAAAGAGAAGAGCUCCUGCAGAUGGAGGUUAAAUUCCGAGCACAGGCAAUUGCGAGGUCAAGGGUCCUGGAAAUGCAGAGCAGCUGUGAUGCUAAAAUAGCUGCACAUGCCAAUGCUGUUGCCAAGCUUGAGGAGCAACUCCAUGAGAGAGAACAGACCAUACAUGACUUGGAAAGGAAAAUGGAAGAGAAUGAUAGAGAACUGCAUGCCAUCAAAGUGGAUAAAGAAGAGUAUAGGGCUGCUCAAGAAGCCAUCCUCUAUAGGGAUGAACAGUUGAGAGAAGCCCAGACUUGGAUUUCACGUGUCCAGGAGAUGGAUGCUUUGCAGUCAAGUACAAACCAUUCCUUACAGGUUGAGUUGCGAGAACGUACAGAACAAUAUAACCAGCUCUGGCAUGGCUGUCAGAGACAGUUUGCAGAGAUGGAGAGACUUCAUUUACAUACAAUACAUCAGCUUCAACUUGAGUUGGCUGAUGUUAGAGAGAGGAAUGGUUCCUGUACUGAUGAAUCACAUGUGUCCCAAAGAAAAUCAAAAGAUUUAUCUCAAUUUGUUCAAAAUAAGGAACAACAAGUGGAAUCUAAUGGAAGUGGUGCAGAAAAUGCUAAUACUGCAGUCAUUUCUACUGGAGCUUCAGACAAUGUUCAAUCGUUAGUUUCAGCUAGCAAUGCACCAAAUCCGAAUGACCAUGUUCCAAGUGUUCCAACUGCUCCAGUUGGUAUGUCUACAUACUUCCCACCUGGGCAGGUGUCUGCCCUGCAUUCUUUUAUUACGAAACAACAGGGAGUUCGGCAUUCUGUGGCAUCUCAUGUUGGACACUACACAAUGCCAGAUUCGUCAUCCAUCCAACAGUGGCAAAACCAAAUGACUUCUUCAGAGGGUUUACAGGUGUCCGCACAGGAUCAUAUUCCAACAUCUGAACAAAAACUUGGCAGCUCAGAUGUAUCGAAUGAAUAUGACACGUGGGCAAACCAUUCGUACAUGCUAUCUAGAGCAUGUAAGCAAAGGAUCAGAGCUCUGUUCUGUGAUAUCAUCAUCUUCUGGGAAAGCACAGGUUGUUCAGUCGGUAAAUGCAAGUUACCCUGUGGACCCCUAGCCUGA